GAUAACCUAGAGAGGAGAUGCCCUAAUUCUUCUCUGCUCUGAGGAAGAAAUUGAAUCAACAAAUUCAACCAACAAUGAUGAAGAUGAAUAAUAAUAUUGCAGAUGAUGUUUGGUUUGAAGUCUGUCUUCGUCUUCCUUUUGAUUCAAUCUUCAGAUUCAAGUGUGUUUCAAAGGUAUGGUUAUCAUUUCUCUCAGACCCUUAUUUCAUCAACAAAUGGUAUAAACGCAAUUCUUCGUUAUGGAUAUUGAUUCUUGCUAGCAGUUUUGCAAAACAAAACCCUACAGCCCGACUUAACUCAGGGUUACCAUGUCCUGAGUUGAAUUCACAGUUUAUAUCUCAUCUUCAAAGUGUUAGCGGGUUUUGUCUUAGAUUCGUAAAUCAUAAACAUGAGCUGACGAAUACUAAUUUAUAUAUCAUAGGGUCUAGUAAUGGUUUGGUUCUAUGCACAAAUGAUUUUCGUAGUCAGAACAAUUAUUAUGUUUGUAAUCCACUCACUAAGAAAUGGGUUUCACUCCCACCACCACCAAGAGAAGCAAUCAUUGUUCACACUGGUUUUACAUGUGAUGAAUGUUAUGAUUCGGCAUGUUAUAAGGUUAUUUGUGUCACUCAAGAAGAGGAUUUAUUCAAAAUUGAUAUAUUUACUUCUGAUUUGGGUAAAUGGGAUGUCUAUGAUGUUUUAUAUACUCCUGGUGUAUGUCAGGGAUACUCUAUUUUUGACAAUUAUGUUACCCAUAAUGGCAUUUUUUACUGGUUCCGAAAGCUAUUCAACAAAGUUCUAGCUUUCAGUGUUGAUCGAAUCAAGGACCAUCAAACUUGCGGAAACGAAUUUAGAUUGAUUAAUUUGCCUGAUGGAAUGAUGGAUGACGUGGACAGAGGGGAGUUUGAGUGUUUGGGUACUUGAAGAAAACUGGUAUUUGUUGCACAAGGUUAUCGAAUUUCUUGACAUGCUAGCACAAAUGGAGUCUUCGUUGAUUGGAGGAGAAAGUACAGUUGAUUUGAUUAGAGAUAUUCAGGUUAUAGGUUUCAAUCCGGUUGACAAAAAUGUGGUUAUAAUUAGCUACAAGAAGCACAUUUUGGCUUACAACAUCAGAAACGGGGGGUGUGAACAACUCUCUCAUCCGUCUUUCUUGGGUAGCAAAUCUCCAGGUCCUUAUUCGGGUAUCUCAACAUUUGCUUUAAAGCCAAGGCCGACAAUACUUCCACCAGUCUCUUGGUGAACAACUCUCCCAUCCUUCGUUCCUGCAUACCAAUCAACAUUUGCUAUAAAGCCAAGUCCACCAGUCUCAUGGUGAAACACCUCAAUGUUGGAUGUUCAAUUAUGAAAGUAAGAGCGAAGGUGCGUGUCAUCAUAUUUCUUGUUUCAACAAAUACUUAGGGAGUAGACUAGUUACUGUUACAUUCAAGAAGGAGAGACUUUGAUCGUCUUUGGUAAUUGCUUAAUUAAGAAGCAUGAAAUUGUCAUGUUUCCACUUGCAUGGAAUUACUCUGCUGUUUUGCUUUAGUCCAUCCAAUUUUAUUUUUGGAAGUUUUAUAU